GGAAUUAUUUUUGGAUAUUAAGAGUAAAAUCUGUAAUGAAAAAUGUAUUACCACAGUAUACCAUUAUCGUUAUUAGAUACCCACAAAUCUUUAAUUGACAAACGUUGUUUAUCAUAUAAUGCAAUACCUCGAAGAGUAAUGGGACAAACAUUAACUGAACCGAUUACGUCAAAGGAAUCAGCUUGUGUUCAAAAUUCUGAAUAUCGAGUUGGAUCUAGUUGUAUGCAAGGAUGGCGAGUACAAAUGGAAGAUUCUCAUACUCACAUAUUAUCUUUACCAGAUGAUCCUGGGACGGCUUUUUUUGCUGUUUAUGAUGGGCACGGGGGUGCGAAAGUUGCACAGUAUGCUGGGAAACAUUUACACAAGUAUGUAACAAGCCGAUGCGAAUAUAGGAAUGGUGAUAUACCGGCGGCUUUAAAGGCCGCCUUUUUAGAAUUGGAUCAAGCUAUGUUAAUGGAAGAAAGUUUACGAGACGAACAAGCUGGUUCAACUGCUGUCACAAUUUUAAUAAAAGAUAAACGAUUAUAUUGUGCCAAUGUUGGUGAUUCUCGUGCAAUAGCCAGUGUAAAUGGACAAGUUGAACAGUUGUCGUUUGAUCAUAAGCCCGGAAAUGAAAUAGAAAUGCAAAGAAUUACAGCAGGUGGUGGCUGGGUUGAAUUUAAUCGUGUUAAUGGUAAUCUUGCACUGUCACGUGCUUUGGGUGAUUUCAGUUUUAAGAAAAAUGAAAAAAAAUCAGCAGAAGAACAAAUUGUUACUGCUAACCCAGAUAUUGAAUGCAGGCAAAUAAACGAAAAUUGGGAAUUUGUAGUUAUUGCCUGUGAUGGUAUUUGGGAUGUAUUAACUAAUGAGGAAGUAUUAAAUUUUGUUCGAAGUCGUAUCGGAACGGGAAUGGAUCCAGAAGAUAUAUGUGAAGAAUUAAUGAUGCGAUGUUUGUCACCAGAUUGUACAAUGGCUGGCCUUGGUUGUGACAAUAUGACAGUGGUAUUAAUAUGUUUUUUACAUGGUAAAUCGUAUGAAGAAUUAUCUAAACGAUCUUACAGGCGGUGUAAAAGGUGGUUAUUUUGAUUUGAUUGUAAAUAUACAGAUUGUAAGUGACAAAAUGUAAAUUGAAAAUAAUUUUUAUUUUAAUCAAUGUAAUUCAAAAAAUUGUAAUGAAUGUAAUUCAAAUAAUUCGAAUUUGGUUCCAUUGGACGCGCGAAAUAGCUUAAAA